AUGAAGGCCUGCACCAUCGCCUCCCUCUUGGCGCUAUGUGCCACCAACGCAGUUGCCAGUGAAGCUUCAGCCGCCAAACGCAACGCAGAACCUUUCAUGGUCCUCGCAAACCCAGACGGAACUCUCGAUGAGAAGAGUACGGCCGCUCUCCUCGACUGGGAGCUCCGCAAUCAAGGAGGCGCCACGCUGGGACGCCGAGACCCAUUCAUGGUCCUCGCAAACCCAGAUGGAACUCUCGAUGAGAAGAGUACGGCCGCUCUCCUCGACUGGGAGCUCCGAAACCAAGGAGGCGCCACUCUGGGACGCCGAGACCCAUUCAUGGUCCUCGCAAACCCAGAUGGAACUCUCGAUGAGAAGAGUACAGCCGCUCUCCUUGACUGGGAGCUCCGAAACCAAGGAGGCGCCACGCUGGGACGACGGGACCCAUUUAUGGUGGCUGCGAACGAAGAUGGAACCCUCGAUGACGAGAGUAUCGCCGCUCUCCUCGACUGGGAGCUCCGAAACCAAGGAAAAGCACAGCUGACAACCCGGGAUGCUUUCACGGUCGCGGCAAACCCAGAUGGAACCCUCGAUGACGAGAGUAUCGCCGCUCUCCUCGACUGGGAGCUCCGAAACCAAGGAAAGGCACAGCUGACAACCCGGGAUGCUUUCAUGGUCGCGGCAAACCCAGAUGGAUCUCUCACUCCUGAAAGCGAGGCGGCACUGAGAGAUUGGGAAAGUCGAUUUGGUCAGAAGAAGCGCGCAAUGGAGUUUUCUGCUUGA